AUGGCACAAAGGACAAACGGCGUUGGGAGAGAGCAGCAUUCCUAUCCAUCUCGCUCUGGUACCGCCUCGCUGCAAAACUGCUGGCCCUCCUAUCCUCUCCGUAGCGCCAUGACUAGCAAGGAUACUGGCAAUGCCUGUUCUGCUGUUGGCCCGCGGGACCCAGAGGCGUCUGCUGCGCGUCCCCGUCGGCUGAAGCAGGUCUCGGCAGCAGCUGGGAAUCUCCUGUCGCUACUGUUCUUUCUCAAGAUGAUCGUCUUGGUGGGACUUGGCUUCGAUGUCGGCGGCAUGUUCUGUGGAUUGUUCUUAACACUGCUCCUGGAGCUGCUAUUUCUGUUCGUCGCGGUGCUUAAAUGGACUGGUUGUAGAAGAACUGCGUUGGCGUUGCACGUUAUGGAGCCCUUGCUGCUAGCGGUGCUGCUUAUUGUCGUGCUGGCCGCUGCUCCUGUGCUUCAGGAAACCUGGCUGGCGCGUCUUGUCGAUGCAUGGAAGUCUACGUUACUGCAAUUAACACCUCUGUUCACCUUGCUUGAGGGCCUUGCAUCGCUACUGGUGAUUCAGGCCCUCGGUGAACUCGGCCGGUGGCUUGUUUACCACCGGUCCGAAAACUGGAUGUUUUUUAUUCUCAUUAAUGCCAGUGUAACGAUUUCCACCAGUCUUUACUUGCUGUACCGUGUCUCGUCCUUCGACAUAUCUACCGGUAAUGCAGUCAUGAUCGGUAUUUCCCUUGCCACGGCCGUUGCUGUCUCCGUCUACGGCAUUGGAUCGGGCCGUGCCAGUGUUACUGAGACUUCACUCAUUUUUUCCUACAUCGCUUACUGCGUCUAUAUGGUCUGCACCGACUUCGGAAGUCCCCGGGCACAGUCCGUGCAGAAGCCCGAGUUCUCCGCUCUCCCACCGGACGUUCUUCAAAGUAUCCACUCAAUAUUUGCGACCAUUACGCGAAUGCUUCCACAGACCCUGUACAAUGUGCUCGUGUUCCUGUUUGCUGUUGCUCAGACCGUAUCUCCCAGCGUGUUCGCCGUGUUCGCUUAUCGUAUUGCCGUUCUUUAUUCCGUCACGCGCAUUCUCCCCGCCAUUCAACAAAACAUUUUAUUUGUGGAGUACAGCCGCACCAAGCGCCAAGGUCUCUGGACCAUCGUGUCGCCUUGUAUUUUGAUUGCCGUGUACACGAAUCUUCUCCUUCAACACCUUUAUCCCUCUCCUGCUUACAACCCUUCUAGUCUUCGCAGUUUACUGUAUUCUGCACAAAUUUGGCGCUGGGUUGGCGCCAUGUCUACACUCGUUCUCUACGCCAUUGAACUCGCUUACAACAAGGACACAUCCACUGGUCAAGCCCUAGCCUCUCACUUCAAGCUGGAUUAA